GUCAAAAUGUGUUUUGUAACGUAAAUGUAGAUAUUAAUCAAAAUUUGUUCCGCCAAACUCCCGAAACUCUGUGUCGAGCUGCUGUAGAAGAAAACUCUUGCACAAUGGCGGCCCAGGGUGUCUUUUCCUGCGAGUUCGAGGUAUUCGGCAAGGUGCAGGGCGUCAACUUCCGGCGCCAUGCCUUGCGAAAGGCUAAGACUCUGGGUCUCCGCGGAUGGUGCAUGAAUUCAGGCAGGGGCACCGUGAAGGGCUACAUCGAGGGACGACCCAAGGAGAUGGACGUGAUGAAGGAGUGGCUCAGGACAACGGGAAGUCCACUCUCCAAUAUCGAAAAGGUCGAGUUCAGCUAUCAGAGGGAGCGCGAUCGAUAUGGCUAUACCAACUUUCAUAUCAAACCCGAUCCCAAUGAGGAGGAGGCUCCUGAAAAUGAAACAAUAGGCAGUAGUUCGAGCCACAACGAUUAGUGGAGUUUUUGGCGGAACAAUAAAAAUUUAAGGUUUUAUUAGUAUUUGACAUUUUGAUUUACGGUUGAUUAAGAA